AUGUUUUAUAUUAUUUUUGAUGUUUGUUUUGAUGCUGCUGUCCAAUCCAUCAACUUAUACAAUACUCAACAACAAAACAUUCUCGCAACACGUUUUUCUGGUCCAACACAAACAGGACAACCACAACAAACAACUUUUUAUUCCAACCCACCUCCACAACAACGAACACAAUUUACUCGAGGGGUAACCCAAUCUUUUGGUCAACAACAAUUUGGGGGUAGUUAUAGAGGUGGACACAAAACAUUUGGAGGGCCUCGUUUUCCAGGGCAACAGAGGUCUUUUGAUUCUGACAGAGGUGGUGGAGAUAAACGUAGACGAAGCAGGUCCCCAGCAAAUGAACAACGUAAACGUUUAAAUAUUGUCUCAAACAACGAAAAUGAUACUUCAACUACUAAUAAAACUACAGCUUCUGGAGAAUAUGGGAAAGGUCGUUUUUGUGUUCAAUUGUCGAAUGUACCUUACAAGGCUGCUUUUAAUGAUAUUAAUGAGUAUUUGUCGUUAGCGAAAGCUGGGUGUAUCAAAGUUACUCGUGUCUACAUUCCUGAUAAAAAUUACACUGAUCGAUGGAUUGUUGAGUUUGAUAAUGAAGAAAAUUCGAGAGCUUUAAUUAAAUUUAGAGGAGAAAUUUUUGCGAGAACAAUAAGGUUGAUUUUUAUUUUUUUUUUGAUUUUAUAUUUUUUAAACAAUUUUCAGAGCUGAAU